AUGUCGACUGCAGCAGUGACUUCACCACCACCGAAGGCCAUGCUCAAUCAAAAGGUCUUGGUGUCCAUGGCAGGCCCACACGGCACUGACAUUGUUGGUGCUGUGCUCGAAUGCCUUGCCAAGCACCCUUGCGACAUUAACGAUUGCAUGCUUUCGCGUCUCUACCACCAUGUCACUUUUGGCGUUCUAAUCACCUUACGGUCCGAAAGUAAUGCCAUUUUUACUGACCUGGCUGAAGCUGCUGCCAAGUGGGACGCUACAUUGACCUACGAUGUGCCUGAUACCCAAGCAACUGAACCACCUGUCCGUCACAACCAACAAGCACACCGCAUUGGCCCCAAGGGCGAUAUCCAUAUCCCACCCUCCCUUGAAGAAGCACCUUAUUCAAACCGUAUCAAGUAUGCUGCUAGUAUCUUGAAUCAGAAUGGUUUGCAGCCUUCCUUUUUGAACGACUGGACCCAGUUUUGUUUACGUUAUCGUAUCUCUGUCGAGAAAUUGUCCCGUCUGAACAAGGGUGGCGACACGCUAUCAUGCGCAGAUUUCCGCUUGAGUGUCCCCAGCUCGGCCGACAUGAAUCAGUUGCGAACUGACCUGUUUGAAAUGUCGGCAAGCCAUGGAACGGAUAUCGCCUUGCAACCCGAUGAUGUGUUCCGCAAAAACAAGCGUUUAGUUGUCUUUGAUAUGGAUUCCACGUUGAUUCGUCAAGAGGUUAUCGAUGAGAUUGCUCGUCAUGCUGGUGUGGUGGAUCAAGUUGCAGCCAUCACGGAAGCUGCAAUGAAUGGAGAAAUUGAUUUCAAGGAGUCGCUUCGUCGUCGUGUAGCCUUGUUGAAUGGCACCAGUGUCGAUGUGCUUGAAAAGGUCAAGGAAAGCUUGACGUUUACUGAGGGUGCCCAUUUCUUGUGCCGCGCUUUGAAGAAACUCGGAUUCAAGCUUGCUGUGAUCAGCGGCGGUUUCAUUCCACUUGCUCGUUAUGUCAAAGCUGAGCUUGGUUUGGAUUAUGCAUUUGCUAACCAGCUCAAGGUAUCGGCCGACGGCAAGACGUUUACGGGUGAAACGGUGGGUCCUGUUGUGGAUGGUAUCCGUAAAGCUGAACUGUUGGAUGUGAUUGCUCAAGCUGAAGGCGUUACACCCAAACAAGUGAUUGCUGUAGGUGAUGGUGCCAAUGAUCUAUGGAUGCUGAAUAAGGCGGGUCUGGGCAUUGCUUUCAAUGCCAAGCCCCGUGUACAGGAACAGGCUCCCUCCCGUAUCAACCAAAAGAGCUUGGUCUAUGUGCUCACUUUGCUGGGUUUCUCUGAUCAAGACUUGGAGCAGUUGAGCUCGGACUAUUAG